AUGAAACGUGCAACAAAUAGUACUUUUAAAUUACCGUCAACAAUGUUACUGGAUCGUGAUCGUUUGGCUACUCUACCGUACCUAACUAUCGGCUUCACUACUGUACCUACUAAUGCAACUUUUAAUGAAGUUUAUUAUACACAAAAAGGCAACAUAAUCUUUCUACACUUCUCUUUUUAUAAUGGUGCAAUGUCAACAACACAGUGUCAACAUCUUCUGCGGGCGUUAGAUGAAGUUUCGGAAAUUGGCAAUGCAAAAAUUAUUGUAUUGUGUGGUGGAUCUACGUAUUUUAGUAAUGGUGUUCAUCUGAACGUGAUUGAAGCUGCCGAAGAUAAGUACGACGAAAGUUGGGCCAAUAUUAAUGCAAUUGAUGAUGUUGUAUUCAAGAUCAUGUCAAUAAGAAAUAAACUGAUAAUCUCAGCACUGCAAGGUAGUGCAGGAGCCGGAGGCAUCAUGAUGGCAUUAGCAGCUGAUUAUGUAUAUGCGAAUUCUCAAAUAAUUCUAAAUCCACACUAUCGUGGAAUGGGUCUGUUUGGCAGUGAAUAUUGGACUUAUAAUCUACCGCGCCGCGUUGGUUAUAAGAAGGCAUACGAAAUAACAGAAGUUUGCCUACCCGUUACAGCUAAGCAAGCACACGAAAUUGGUUUGAUUGACGGUAUUUUAAGUGAAACAGCAAGUGGACUACUCGAUAAAAUUCAAGAUAUUUCAAACGCAUUAUUAUCAAGUGAUCAAUUUAGCGAUUUGAUACAGAAGAAAACACAAGAAAGUGAUUCAUUAUUCUACGAAAAAUUGGCAGAAUGUCGAUCGGAUGAACUAGCAAAAAUGUCAGAAAAUUUUCGAGAUCCAGCCUAUAAUGCAGCUCGUCAUGCUUUUGUACAUAAGAUAACACCACUCGUAACACCAUGGCACAUGAAAUGUCUCGGACGUGAUAAAGCUAUUCGUGUUGAUGGUAUUGAAUUUUCCCAACGUUGUCAAACCAAUAUUUCGCUUGAAAUCAAAGCAUUACAAGCUCAUGCCAUGGAAGCGGGCAUAAAAUCUCGCCCACCAGGCCUAGCUUGCCUGCUUGUUGGUAAUCGUCGAGAUGCUGCUCUAUAUGUUCAAAAGAAAGUUAUUCAAGCUGUAAGUAUGGGCUUCUCUAGUCAUGUAACAGAAAUAAAAGAUCACGAAUGGAAAACAUUCAAUAAACUACAAGAUAGAAUUAUACAACAAAUAAACCAUUGGAAUAAUGAUCCUGAGAUCGAUGGUAUUCUGGUUCAGUUGCCAUUACCUAAAGCACUAGAUCAUCGACGUAUAUUGGAUACAAUUAGGUUAGACAAAGACGUUGACGGUUUACAUUCCUAUCAACUAGCUGCUUUAACAUCAGCGUCAAAUUCAAAGUUUUCACGUCUCUCAUACAUUUGUUGUACUGUUCGUGGUAUACUUGAGAUACUACAGUUCUAUGAUGUCAAAUUACCUGGUAAACUUGUUUGUAUUGUUGGCGCAUCAAUAACGAUCGGUGUGCCAUUAUCAAUGGCUCUAUCAACUCGUGGUAGUACCAUCACAAUGUGCACAUUGCAAACAACUGAUUUAAAGGCCAAAGUAGAAGCGGCUGAUAUUGUGGUCGGCUGUGCUGGCGCUGCAAAUCUAGUGAAGGCAAAUUGGAUUAAGUCAGGUGCUAUUGUAAUUGAUGCAGGAAUUACAGUAACAGGGAAUGUUCAUAAAGGUAAAAUGAAAGUUCAAGGUGAUGUUGAACAAACUGAUUUGCUUUGGAAGCGUGCAAGUCUUAUCACACCGGUUCCUGGUGGAGUUGGGCCCAUUACCGUAGCUAUGCUGUUACAGAAUACAUUUGAUGCUUACAAAUUUCAUUUAACACAAGAAAUUUCAAAAGCUAAAAAAUAA